CCCACAUUCAACACAGGCACCCCUUUGCGCUUACGCCUUCAAACCGUCACUGUGACUGCGCAAUACAAACUCGCAUGUUUCUCGUUUCCUAAAAAGAUGCUGCGUUCGCACCGCGUUCCUUACCCCUACAAAUCAUGACGACGUACGACGAGUAUGGCAUGCCCGUCGGCGCAUAUUCCGAGCCGGAAAGCCUGGCGCACCAGGCAUGGCGAGUCGCGCGCGCGUUCGCACUAUACCGAGUCAAACCAGAACUGGAAAAGAGGUGGACUGGAAUAAGGAGGGGGGAUUGGAGCCUGAGGAGGCUGUUGGGUGCCGUGAGGUUGCUGGUCGUGGUGUGGUGGGUUGCGGUGUACUUUGGGGAGCGGAGCGCUAUUCGGAACGCCGUGGACGCAUGUCGCUGGGAGAGGUGGGAGCAAUGGGAAUCCGGCGCAAACCCACAUAGACUCGUCUUCGUCGCCGAUCCCCAGCUCAUUGAUCCUCACACAUAUCCGGGCCGCCCGUGGCCGUUGAACGAUCUCACCAUUCGAUACGUCGAUCAAUAUCUGCGCCGGACGUACUCACGCAUACAAGAGGUCUUGUACCCAGACACAGUCUUUUUCCUAGGCGACCUCUUCGAUGGUGGGAGGGAGUGGUCGACGCACACGCACAAGAACCCGGACAAACAAUGGCAACAGUAUGGUGACGACUUCUGGAUGAACGAAUAUCGUCGCUUCGGACGCAUAUUCUUCGGUCAUUGGGGGGACGGAGGGCUCGACGCGCGCCCUGGCCAACCCGGACGCAAGCUCAUAAGUAGCCUACCAGGUAAUCACGACCUGGGAUUCGCCCGCGGUGUAGACACGAGUGUGCGCGACAGGUUCAAUGCAUACUUCGGAGACGGGAACAGGAUUGAUAUUGUGGGAAACCAUACAUUCGUUUCCAUCGACAGCGUCUCUUUGAGUGCCAAGGGACUGGCGAACCCACAGGCGGUAGAGAACUUAUGGAAGCCUACGACCGAGUUUCUGGACAAUUCGAAGAAACAGAAGCGGAGGUUGGUACAACGGGAGCUGAGGAUACAACGUGGCUUGCACGCAUACCCUGGAUUUGAGCACAAGGUGAUGGAGCGGGAUGAGCUUGCGAAAGCAGCGAUUCCUCAUUCGGAUGAGGAUGUUACCGACUUUCCUACCGUCCUGCUUUCGCAUGUACCGCUGUUUCGUCUCCCUGGCACGCCUUGCGGACCCAUGAGAGAAAAGUACCCGCCAACACCGGUCGGAAAGGGAGAAGAACCACUCGAAGAUGAUCGUCGAAACGCGAUCUCGGUGAGCGGAGGGUAUCAGUACCAAAAUGUGCUUCACCGCGAGAUUACGGUUGACAUUGCGGACAAGGUAGGCGACAUUCGAUACGCCUUUUCCGGAGACGAUCACGACUAUUGCGAGGUUCUCCAUCACGCGUAUACUUCCGGCGGUGGAGGAAUUAAGGAGAUCACGGUCAAGUCGCUAUCGUGGGCCAUGGGUGUUCGGCACCCUGGCAUGGUCAUGGUCAGCAUGUGGAACCCUGUUGACGAGCUUGGAAAACCACUCUCUGGCGAUGCAUCGAGAACACUACAGUCACACUUGUGUCUGAUGCCUGACCAGCUGGGCAUCUUCAUACGAUAUGCAGGACUCUUCGGCCUGACCCUGGGCGUACUCUGCAUACGAGCAGCACUCAUCGCUCGCGGUGUCAUAAAACCACGACGACCUGCAGAAAAUCCUCUUCUCCCUACUAACAAUUCAUCCGCUGAAUAUGAAAAAGCUGCUCUCAAUUCACCAGAUGCAGCACAGAACCCCUCCGAUGCCACACACUCUUCCAAUUCUUCGACUUCUUCCACCCACGCCAACCUUCAAGUACGCAACAUGCAGUCUCGCACACGCAGUGUUUCACCUGUCGGAGGCUACGGCCUUCCUUCAAACUCAGCUCCACACUCAUCCAUAUACUCGUACCCGCACGUCCAGACUGCUGAUCAAGGGAAAAGAAGAGAAGCCCAGGCCAGGACUUGGGGGGGUGUGAGCACAAAAAAGAGCGCGGGCAAGAUGAAAGGGAUGGCGUUGUUCUGGGCGGAACUUGGAAGGAGUUUGGGGACUGUUGCAUUAUGCGUGUUGAGCUGGUAUUUCUGGCUCAUUUGGAGAUGGUAAAGUGGCUCAGAAAGCACAUUAGCGGUUAUGUAUGAUUAUAGGGAAGCAACUGGCCCUGUCAUUGAUAGCAUUGCGUACGGAGUAUCUGUCUACAUUGGGAUC